AAAAGUGUAUCUUGUUUUGUUUUGUUAUUUAACGUGUAUUUAAAUGACCUCUCAUCUCUUGCAGUCUUUUAGAAGGGCAAAACAACUUAGGGUUGAUGUUUUGUGUGCCAUCAACUGAACUUGGGGCCAUCAUGAAUAUCACCAAGGGUGGGCUGGUGCUGUUCUCAGCUAAUUCCAAUUCCUCGUGCAUGGAACUGUCCAAGAGGAUUGCUGAGCGCUUGGGAGUUGAGAUGGGGAAGGUUCAGGUUUAUCAAGAGCCAAACAGAGAAACACGAGUGCAGAUUCAGGAGUCUGUGAGAGGAAAGGAUGUGUUUAUCAUCCAAACGGUUUCAAAGGAUGUGAAUACCACGAUCAUGGAGCUCCUGAUCAUGGUGUAUGCAUGUAAAACCUCCUGUGCCAAAAGCAUUAUUGGAGUGAUUCCUUACUUCCCCUACAGCAAACAGUGCAAGAUGAGGAAAAGGGGCUCCAUUGUCUCCAAAUUGCUGGCCUCGAUGAUGUGCAAAGCCGGACUAACUCAUCUUAUUACCAUGGAUCUACAUCAGAAGGAAAUUCAGGGUUUCUUCAAUAUUCCAGUUGAUAACUUGAGAGCAUCCCCAUUUUUACUCCAGUACAUCCAAGAAGAGAUACCAGACUACAGGAAUGCUGUAAUUGUGGCCAAAUCUCCUGCAUCUGCAAAGAGGGCACAGUCGUUCGCUGAGCGCUUGCGGUUGGGAAUCGCCGUGAUCCACGGGGAAGCUCAGGAUGCCGAGUCUGACAUGGUGGAUGGCCGGCACUCCCCUCCCACAGCCAAAUAUGUAGCUGCUAUCCACCCCAGCCUGGAGAUCCCCAUGCUGAUUCCCAAGGAAAAGCCACCCAUCACAGUUGUUGGAGAUGUAGGAGGAAGAAUAGCUAUCAUUGUGGAUGACAUCAUAGAUGACGUUGACAGCUUUCUGGCUGCAGCUGAGACCCUGAAGGAGAGAGGGGCCUACAAGAUCUUUGUCAUGGCCACCCAUGGGCUGCUGUCCUCAGACGCUCCCCGGCUGAUUGAGGAGUCUGCCAUCGAUGAAGUGGUUGUUACAAACACAAUUCCACAUGAAAUACAAAAACUUCAGUGCCCUAAAAUCAAGACUGUGGAUAUCAGCAUGAUCCUGUCAGAAGCCAUUCGCAGGAUCCAUAAUGGGGAGUCCAUGUCCUACCUUUUCAGGAAUAUAGGAGUGGAUGAUUAAAGCUCUUUCCUCUAAACAAACACCCCGGGCCAAACUGGAAGCGAACAGAGAACGAGCUGUGAAGCAUCGUGCUUACCUUAAUAUUUCCAUUGAGCCACUUCUUGUUUUCUCUUGGUUUAAGUAUCAAGGUAGAACAGUUUUUAAGACCCCUUUUUUUUUUUUUUUUUCCCUUUGCAGGUUUUUUUGGGAGGGGGGUUGGUGGGACUAAACGUUUUACAAAAAACUGUUGCUUUUAGGUUAGUUGCACUACACGAUGGAAAAAUCCCACAAAACACUUGAGGCAAGAAUUUGGCUUCUAAAUUAAGCAUUCCUUUUCCAAAGCUGCUUGUUACAAGUGCUUUAAAUGAUAACAAAAUGAAGUGACUGUAUGAUAUUUGCAUUUUAAAAGCCAAAAAGGUUGUACUGUUGUAUGCAGUUCAGUGAUUUUGUAGGAGUGCUUUUAUAGAAAAGCAUAUGGAAUAUGCACCUGUAUUUAUUUUCUGCAACAAAGAAUAAAGACUUGUUUUGU